CUCAUUGUAACCUACGCUGUAUCAUUCACGUUUAGUUUUCUAGUUCACCUUUCGGUGCUGAGUGGUGCUUUUUUUUUUACUUUCAAGCAUUUCGUUAUUCGGCUCACUCAGCAUCGUGUUAGCUAAAACAUUGAGAAGAUUUUUUCAGCGCUACAAUUGAAGACUCCAAACAAUCAUGACUAAUAUCUCAAAGCGAAGAAAAUCAUCUGCUAAGUUGAAGACUAUGGGCGACCACGAUGAAUUCCUGAGUCGAAUAACGAAAUCGCUUUACUAUUCCAAAUUGCCUAUGACCGACCGUCUAAGUCUGCCUGUGACAGAAUUAGCUGCAGAACUCUUUACCGAAGUAAGAAGUGGUCGAACAUUGGAACGUCUUGAUGUAGAAGAAGCAGGCCGCAUAUCUCGCAACGCUUGCGUGUCUCCUUGUUCUCUUGUUCUGGCUUUGCUGUACUUGGAACGCCUUAAAGACUGUAAUCCAGAGUAUCUCCAGCGUGUUGCACCUUCUGAGCUAUUUCUUAUCUCCCUAAUGGUUGCCAGCAAAUUUCUACACGACGAUGGAGAAGAAGAUGAAGUAUUCAACACCGAAUGGGCUGAGUCUGCAGGCUUGACGUUACCUGAAGUAAAUAAUUUAGAAAAAGAUUUUCUCAUCGCAAUUGAUUGGACCAUUUUUGUUUGCAACAAUGACUUUUGGGACCGUUUGCAGAAACUGGAAAGAGACAUAGCUUACAAAGAAGGCCGAAAGCGCGGCUGGUUUUCUUAUACAGACCUCAGCUUUCUCAUGGACUCAAUACAACUGGCAGCGGUCAUUCAAGCAGUGGUCAGUGUCUCCUCAAUUUGCCUUGCAACUUAUGCCGCGGGGGUAGCCACGCUACUUGGAUCUGCUCUAGUAGCUAGUCAACUACCUGGCACAUCACUAGCACCUAGACAAUCUCCCAUAUCGUCAAACAACACUUUAAAUACCAAUCAAGUUGUACCAGCCACUGAAUCUGUUUCCAACGAGAUGGCUUCUGUCAACGACGUUAUUGCGACUCGAAUCCUUUUGGCUGCUCUAAGCUGUAAUCAGUCGUACGAUUCUGAUUAUGAAGAAAUGGAUAUUAGGAAUGGUACAAAUGGUGGCGCAGUGUGGGAGUGGUGGCUUAGUUCUCUGAUGACAUGGCUUCCAGAAUAUUCGGGACUGGAAUCAGAGUAUCGCCCUACUAUAGAACGCAAUAUGCAGGACCAGCCAGGAACUUUCAUCACCAACACAAAAUCAGUAUUCGAUAUCGGCUCACUCGGUAAAAACGAUCGGCAUGAAAUUAUGGAAAUUAAUUGGAAAGAAACGUUGAGCCUCGAUCUAGAAUUUCCAACGCACAAUUGGAGACGCUACGCGGGCUACAUUGCAAAAAUAUCGCUCGGACAUAGACAUUAAUGAAAAAAAAUUGUCCGAAAGUUACAAGUUCACAUAUUAAGUAUAAUUAUUGAUAGAAAAUAUGUCGAGUAUAUUUUUUUGUACUAACUCCCACCAUGUAACUCGAAAUUACAAUACUAAUCCGCAAAGUAAUUUUCUACAAUAAAUUAAUGAUCACCUGAUCUAAA